UUCGUGGGACGGUCGCCUAGCCAUUGUUGUUGCAGCUGACAUUGCUGUAUAUGCAGCUGGCAAUGCACGCAGCACUGGAGGAGCGGGAGCAAUUGCCAUGCUGGUUGGACCAAAUGCUCCUCUUGUUAUGGAACCAGGAAUGAGAUCAGUGCACAUGCAGCAUGUGUACGACUUUUACAAGCCAAAUAUGUCCUCUGAGUAUCCUGUUGUUGAUGGCAAACUCUCAGUACAGUGCUAUUUUAAUGCGCUGGACCAGUGUUACAAGAGGUACAAAGAGAAAGGAAAGCAGUUUUGCCGUAAGGUAUCAUUCACUUUGGAUGAUAUUGAUUAUGCUGUGUUCCACACCCCAUUCUGUCGUAUCGUACAGAAAUCACUGGCACGGUUGAUGUUCCAGGAUUUCGUUUCUGACUUCGGAUGUGAAAGAUCACUGGGAGAAAAAUUUGCUGAUUUGGCAAAAUUUAGGUUGCACGCUCUACCUUAUCCAUUCUGCUAUUUUUUUUUUUUCAGCCAGUCACUUGAAGAAUUGGCUGGCAAACGAGUGAUGUUGUUCUCCUAUGGCUCUGGACUCGCGUCAGCUAUGUUUUCCUUUCGAAUCUCAGACGAUUUUGGGCCCAGUUCUCCGCUGAACACACUGAUCACGUCAUUGAAGGAUAUCCCCGCACGCUUGGAGUCCCGAAAAGAAGUUGAGCCUGCCGAGUUUCUUGAAACUCUUAAAACACGCGAACAUACUCAUAACAAAAAUAGCUACACGCCGAUAGGCUCAAAGGAAGAUUUGUUUCCAGGGACUUAUUAUUUGGUGUAUGUGGACGAGAAGUUUCGACGAACGUACCAGCGAAAAGAUAGCUCUUCUAGUGAGGGAAACUGUAUGGUAGUUUAAAGGGGACGCAUGCACUAGAGACCAGAUUAUUUGUAAACCUGUAGUAUCUAUGAAAUUAUGAAACUUACUGCUUUUUGUGAUUUCAAAGAGUAACCUCGCUUUUCGAGAGUUGUUUUCAAAUAAGGUCAAAAUUCGAGUACCUAGGGUAGCAUUUUUCUCACUUUGCUUAGCAACGUAACCUCUUACCUCUGACGUAAUCAAGUUUUCAAUUUUCAUUGAUCUGUUUGAAUAGGUAGAAGCUACACAGAGAGGCAUCUAAAACUGCCGAUUAUGAUCUGUUAUUACUAUUAUUAUUAUUAGUUUUUUCAAUAACUAAAGGAGCAGCUGUUUGUGAACCUAGCGCUGUGACUUACCAAGUUGUGUUCCAAAUUUGGACGCCAUAGUCUAAUUUAAGCGCAUUAGAAAACAAUUUCGAUCAUUUGAGUCACUGUUUGAAAUCUCAAAACGCGGUAAGGAGUUAAUCUCAUAUUCACACUUAAAAGUGGUGAUAAUAAUAACAAUUAUGGUUGGUAGAGUACAUUUUCUGUUUUAACCGGAACAGAUUAUAGGCAUGAGCGCAUCGCGCAAAUAAAUUUGAACAGUUUGAAA